AGACAUGGUUGGCCACAUUGACAUAGGUUGGCCAUGAAGAAAGUCUGUUUUUUGUAAUUUUUUUUGUCGUCACUGCACGAAAUUAGCAGCCAUGUCCAGCAACUGUAAGCCAAAGCCCGGGUGCUUCAGGAGCGACAUCCAAAGACUGCUGCUGGCUGCUGAAGCUGGUCAGAAGGCUGAUAUCCUGACCUACUCCUCAGGUCAUCUGGGGCCACGCUGCCUGAACCAGAGUCAGCCUCACAGGGAGACAAAGCAGUCUUUCUGGAGGAUGUCUCACAGCCUAGAAGAAACCCCAAACCCUCUGACACCCCAGCUGACACGGACAAAGGCUUUGGUCUAUGUAAAGAAGAAAGAAAUGAAAGAGUGUCCCCCUGAGUUCUCCACUGGCACUGCUUUAGUAGAGUCUGAAGUCUUAAGGUCAAGACAAGAUCAGGCUACUCAUUGCUCAUCCCGUGCAGACAAAAGAGAAGAUGGGAAACAGCAUUUUGAUCAGGAAGGCCUGAAUAAUGACGGCCAGCUAAAGACAAAACAACGAUUUGGCAGGAAAGUCAUAGCCAAGCAGGACCUCUGGGCUGGAAGACAUGUUGCUGAAAUGCAUGAGAGGAAACUACAAAAGGAGCUGAGUAGGUUGUCAGUGCACAGCUUGCCCAGCAGAGACCGCCUUGCAGUGUUCAGUGACGUCUUUGAUGAUGUAUGUGAAGGCUCGCCAGUAUUUGGACGCAUCCUGAGGGAAAUUAAGACCGAUUAUGAUUUGUAUGUCAACCACUUGAUGGCUUCCCAAUCAUCACUACAUGACACGUUGCUGGAUACUUCACUCAAAGAUUUUGGCAAUGGCAAAGUAAGGCAAAUGGAGUUGGAAGACGCUGAAAAAGAGGUUUGCAGGCUGGAGCAGGAGGCCAGAAGAGCUCUAGAGGAGAAUAAACGAGUCCGAAAUGAGUCACAGAAUGUUCCAGCUAUCAUAGGCCCAGAGGACAGUGAUAUGAAGAAUACAUAUCUUUCAGGGCUGCAGGACAGCUGCACCAACAAUCUCCAAUCCAAGAGGCUUCAGGUGUUGAACACGUGGAGGGAGAUCCAACAGCUGGAGGAGGAGAUUAAGGAGAAGCUGGUGUCCUCUGUCACAAUCACUGCUACUGAAGGACGCAUCAAACACCUAAAGAAAGAGAUAAUGAGACUGAUAGCCUCAAAUGACUGUCUGAAGACCACAAACAAGGAUCUGGAAAACAACAUCAACAUGGUGCUGGACAGAGAGAAAGCAAGCAGGGCGUUAAGACGGAUGUUAUGGGACAAAAUACAUUGUGAUCUACAAACAGAGAGUAAAUAGCUCAAUCGGCAAGUAAACCAGAGGAUCAUUCCUUGAUAUGGACAUUCCAAAGUGCAAUAAAACAAAGGACUAUGUAUUAAAUAGAGUCACAUAUUUGAUUAGCAAACAACUUAAGUAUAUUAGCUUAUAGCACUUGAGUUUAGUACAUAUAAAAAUGUUUUUGUCCAGAAAUAACACUGUAGACCAUAGCUUAAAACUACCACCAGUAUCAGCAAGCAAGCAAUGACACAAUGUACAAAUACUCCAUUACAAAUUCUGCAUUCAAAAGUACAUAAAUAUUAGUAAAAUGUACAUUAGAUUAAAAAAUACUCAUUAAGUAGACUGGCCCCUUUAAGAGUGUUAUUCUUGAAUAUACAUUUUUACUAUUUUAUUCUUACUCAUACAAUGUUUUAGAAGUAUUUAGAUGUGGUGGG